AUGAACCUUUAUAAACUUUUCUUUCCUCUCUUUCUAUCUACUCUUCAAGUUCAUGCAAUCGUAUCCGCCACUGGUAUUUUGACCAAUGCAUCUACUAUUGCCACGAUCGGAUGCAAAAAAUAUAUGGUUCACGAUGGCGAAACUUGUUUCAGCAUCACCAGGGCAAACAACAUCACCUAUGCGCAGAUUCUCGCCUGGAACAGCGACCUCAAACCCGCCUGCACAAACAUAAAAGAUUUUUUGAACAGGAACAUUUGUAUCAGCAAUCCUUCCGGCAAAUUUACCAUUCCUAACAACUCGCGCGGAGCUACGGCUACCAUCUCAACCCAGGCACCUAAGCCAGCGCCGGUACUCAAUACAACUAAUGAGAAAUGCGGACAGUUCUACAAAGUAGCCAAAGGGGAUGAUUGUUCGACCAUUGAAGCUGAGUUUGGCAUAUCCUUGAAGGAUUUAAUAUUUUUAAAUCCAGAGGUCGGCACCAAUUGUACUCAUCUUUUGUUGGACUACUACUACUGCGUUAGGCCAGUAGGAGCCAUCUCAACUUACAUCGGAUAUGGAGGAGCGCAGACCAAUAAUACCACUUGGGCAGAGUUAUCUAUGAAAUCAGUACCAAGGAGGGACAUUAUGGCAUCGUUUAGAACAGACAAGCCAAUGAUUCCGAUGGCAAAUGGCACACGACGAGAUUGUAUCUUAUAUUUUUGGCUCGAAGAUGAUAACACUGACUGUUUGGGAUGGUCUUACCAGGCAGAAACUUCACUCGAGGAGUUCAUGUUAUGGAAUCCAUCCUUGAGGGAGGACAAGGAAAAAAUCCACUCGAGUGGAAGCAAUAAUCCACAACCAUGUACGCUCUCAGCAAGCAGCUCAUACUGCCUCCUGCUAACUUCCCCUUCUCCAUCUCCUGUUUCUGAGGAAACUCCACCAAGCCCUCGAGCAGUUGGAGAGAUUGCGAACUGCACCGACUGGUUUCACAUCGGGCCCGAGACCACAUGCGACACAAUGAUGGGUCUUAACAACCUGACAAUGAAAGAUUUCUGUUCCAUGAAUCCAUCCGUUGGUAUAAAUUGCGAAGGGCUAGCUGAAGGCACGUAUUAUUGUGUUUCAACGCACCCCGGCGGAAACCAGCCUUACAACGAGGACGACGACCGCGGAGACGACGAUCACCACACCACAAUGGCGAGCCCGACAAUGACUAAGAAUGGACUGAUUUCUACGCCGUCUCCUGUUCAAACAGGGAUUAGUUCGACAUGCAGGAGUUUCUACAGAGUGGCGAAAGACGACGCGUGUGACAAAAUCGCCCAAGACCACAAUAUUACUCUAUCAGACUUUUAUACUUGGAAUCCAGCGGUGAGCAGACACUAUUCUAGUCUCCAAGCGGGAGUAUAUGUGUGCGUGGGUGUUUUAUAG